AUGGAUUCGAUGAAGAACCUGAUCGAAGCGGCUUCCAGCACUGUUGCUAAGCAGUGCGAUGUCAUCACGACAAUGACGCAUGCUCUCGCCACGCAGGGGGCACUUUCCGCGUCCCAGAUGACCGAUCUUUUGGAGAUUCAGAAAACAAUCAGCAAGACCAUCGAGUCCCAGGCAAGCAUCAUCCAGCGCUUGACUGAAGUUCGCGCGGCCAGCAAGUGCGACUUCGGCCGAGCAACGCCUGCCACAACCUUCCCGCGCUUCAGCCGACUGCCGCCCGAAAUUCGCAAGUUAGUUUGGGAGAUGGCACUACCAGAUGCCCGCGUGUUCGUGCCGUACGAGAACGAUCAAGACCAAAUAGCCCUCCGGCAAGCCUACAAGCCUCCUGCCGUACGAGCUGCUUGCAAAGAAGCGUGGCUCGUCACAGAAGAGAAGGGAAGAUUCGCGUUCGGAUACAAACAUACUCGUACUCAUGGGUUCUGGUUCAAUCCCAGCAGAGACAUUGUAUUCGUUCGACGUGAUGAGAUGUCCGAUGACGUCGAGGAAGCGAUCAUGUCUGCUCGUGCUCAGUUAAUUGCAGCUGAUUGGUACGGGUUCGAAUCCGAGGAUUCCUGCUUUUACAUGAUAUGUUGGGCAAGAGGGUUACCCGACUGCCGAAAACUCAUCGUCACGACCCUUCCCCAGCUUCAGGUUCCCAUCGAGGCCAUUGACCAUGCGCAGCUCUUCAAAUUGCUCGACCGCGACUAUGUCAUUCAUGACAACGUCGAUGACGAUUACGACGUCAAGGACAAUGACAACAAAGACGACGAAAACGACUACUGGGACGAUGGGGAAGGUCAAUUGCGACGAGUCGCUUGGGUGAGACUGAAGAAAAGGCUGGAGAAGAUCCAAUCCCGCCGCCUGAACUCACAUCUCAUAAGGAGCUCAAGGGUAACGGCCACACCAAGCAAUCCGCAUCAGCGCUUAGCUAAUUGCUGUGCAACAACAGGCAUCCAGAAGGAACUCGUCGAUUCAAUGGAGGUUCAAGCUCGCCUAAUCGACCGUAUUCUCGGAAUCAAUGCGCCGCCCAGCGGUAGUGGUGUCCUUGAAACGUCCACAAGACCUAAAGUUGACCCAGGUCCAACUUUCCACAGAUUCUCAAGAUUGCCCCCUGAGCUUCGACACAUGAUUUGGGAAUUGGCUCUCCCUGGUACGCGUUUCUUCCGACCCUGGCGUGACGAUGGUGGAAUACACCUCUACGAUGAGCAUGAAACUCCAGCGAUUCUGUACGCUUGCAGAGAGUCGAGACAAGUCGCUGAGAAGCAUGGCGACUUCGAAUUCGGCUCGCGGGCCUCGAGAUCACAAGGAUUCUGGUUCAACUACAAGAGAGACAUUGCCUUCAUCCAUGAUUCAAUCGCUCCCCUAGUCGGUCCCGACAUCGCAUGCUCAUUGUUCAACUGCAUAAAUCUUGCGGUGGAGUCAUUGAAUUUUACCAGCCCAGAAGAUUGUAUCAAAACGAUGAAAUGGAUUUUGAGGCAUGCACCAAAAUGUCAAAAGGUCAUCAUUUGGUUCCGCCCCUGGUUUGACGACAUCGAACCUGAACACUGGACACCUCGCAUGUUCGCGUUUCGUGACGAUGAAGACAUUUGGGGGAAAGACUUCAGGCGAGAAAUGUACCAGAACCAACCUGGUGAUGAUACAUGGAGAGGUACAAAGAGGAUUCUUGAGAGUCUGUACAGCCAGAAGGAAACUCUCGACCGGUUGGGAAUCACGAAGGAGCAUUUGCCGGAGCUCGAGGGCAAAGAGGUAUUGAGAGCGUUCAAAUCAGAGAGUCCGGCCAAACCGCAUACUUAG